AUGGCUUCUUCGUGGCUGCUUCCUGUGCUGUUCCUGGCCGCAACUGGUUUGAAGAAGUCAUUGCCAGAGGGGCCGAUCAUCGCAGCUUGGCAAAACUGGGGCGCCUGCAAUGAGACGGAGACUCUGCAGGCUGUCGAGCGGGGCGUGAACGUCGUGUUUUGGUUUGCCACGAACCUCAUCAAAGACCCGAGCACUCAGCAGCCGCUGAUCGUCGGCGGUCCGAACAUGGCCUGCAUGGCGCGCGUGCGAAAGAAGAUCGAAGAGAAGGGUCUGGCAAGCGCCCAUCUUAUCACCAUAGGCGGCUGGAACCAGCCGCAUCCCAACACUUCGUUUUCUGGCGCAGAGUGGUUUCAGGCCUGGCAUCACUGGAACUCGGCGCUGCCGAAGCCCUUCGAUGGCUUCGACUGGGACCUGGAGGGCAACGACAACCUGGUCUCCAGGUGGAACAAGUUCUCGCCGGCGGUCAUGCAGGUGGUGGUGGACAUGUCUGCGGCCGCGAAAGCGGCGGGGUAUUUGGUGACCAUGGCGCCUCCCACCACCUACUUCCGGAAGCUCAGAAACCACAGAUGGCUGUGGGUCAAGAAGGUGCCCAAAAUGGCUUGCCCUGGCAAAUGGAAGCGGCGGGAGUUCAACCUGUACUUGAACAACACCGACCCGGACUACCACCCGGAGUUUUUCUACCGAGGCAUGAACAGCUACGCGUACAUGUGGGCGGCAGCUCCCGCUGACACCUUCGACCUGGUCUCCGUACAGCUCUAUGAGAACUACAGCCCUGCGCUCCAGGCUUUGCAGAGUGGGAUGUCCUGCAGCCAGUACUUGGCCUCGUUCGCCAAGGACUUCGUGGAUGGUUGGGUGGUGAACUUUAAUGACACCUCGCUGCCCUUGCAGGGUGAGAUCACCAUCAAGGUGCCGGCCUCAAGGCUGCUGAUCGGCCUGAGCUUCGGCAACCCCAAGUCUGCGUACUUCCCUCCAGAGGCGGCGGGAGAAGCCUACGAGGCCGCAACAUCUCAGGAACGUCCUCGGGGCUAUGCUUUCUGGAUGAUCGCCAUGGAGGGCAUGCAUGCCAAUGGCACCAACGUGUCUGUGAGCUUCGCUUCUGGCUUGAACUCCUUUUUGCGCGGUCAGUACGUCAAGCCCACGCCGGAGGAGCCCCGGGGCUACACCGCGCGGAGGCUGCGGACCCUGCCGCACGAGGGCGAGCCUUUCACGCAGGGCCUGGAGGUGGUGGAUGAGGACACGCUGAUUGAGACCAGUGGCGCCUACCCGGCCGGCACUCAAUCUCUCAUCCGCCUGGUGGACGUCCACACAGGCAAAACGAAGCAGAGCAGCACUCUAGAGGGCUUUGCUGAGGGUGUUGCGAAGGUUCCGGACGGCUGGCUGGUGAUCCCGUACACCAACCACAAGGCGCUGAAGUUCGGGACCAACUUGGAGCUCGUGGCAGAGCAAGACUUCCCCUUGACCCAGGGCUGGGGCUUCGCGCGGGACGAGAAAAGGGACAGGUACCUGGCGACCAAUGGCACGCAGUACGUCAUGGAGCUGAAUUCUCAGCUGAGACUAGAAAGCGUGGCUCCAGCGACCUGCCUGGGCCAGACAGUGCCCGGCCUCAACGAGUUGGAGCUGGUGGAGGACUUUGCAGACCAGGGCCCCAUGCUCUUUGGGAAUCUCUACAGGACUCGGUGGGUGAUUGGACUAGACCCUGAGACCUACCAGUGUAAGUGCUUCUUCAACUUAGACGGCUUCGGAGACCAGCCCGCCAACGAGCGCAACGGCUUUCACGUGGCCAACGGCAUCGCCUAUCUGAAGAAGAGCCGAACGUUCAUUGUUACUGGUAAGAACUGGCGCGAGAUGUUCGAAAUCUCGCUGGAGGAGCAGCCAGAUAGCUCCGCUUCACAAAUGGCGCUGGCCCAAUCGCUGCAGCAGCUGCUGUCGGAGUCGCUCCUGCAGCUUCCGACGCCGCGGCGAAUGCGCAGGGCGACCGUUCAGUCGCCCCAGGCUCUCCAGGUAGGCUCGUGA